GGCGUAACUACCUACUUCCUAAAAAUUACAGCACAUCCGUGACCAACUCAUCUCCAUUACACAUUCGCGGGAACAAGAUAAAGUAUCAUGCAGUUAUUUUUAAACCUCCCGAGUGAAUUGCGCAUCCAAAUUUGGGAGUAUGCUCUUCCUGGCGGGAGAAAUAUUGAGAUCUAUCCAGCUUUCGUGCGUCGUAAAGAGAUCGGGUGGAUUGCGGUGCAUUGUAAAUGUUCAGCUCGCUGUCAUCGUCUGCCCUCUAUAGCCCACGUCAACUCAGAAGCUCGAGCUGUAUUUUUUCACCACUUCACCACUUGUUUCAACACGUACGUUCAAUGGAAGAACGAUACGAUCCUCAUUCAAAGCACAUCAGUCAUCAAGCGCAACCUACCCCUCGAUGCAGGCUCGAAAGAAAUCCAAGCAUUAGACAGAAUAGUUUCCGAAAGUCCGAGAAGCUCUGAAUUGUCGUCUUUCGCUGUCACAGCAAACCGCUCAUGGGCUCGUAAUGGGUUACCCCACUUUCUAAAGGCACUCAAAGUUUCUGAGCCGCAAAGGUCCCUCAAUUUUGCAACUCCAUUCCCCGAAUUGCUGCUCGUUGUGGGGUCCCAAUUGCGCUACAAGGGGCGAAGAACUAGUCUCGACGGAUUGAGAUUGGACUCUUUCGACGAUGACCCUAUGGACAACAAUCAGCAAUUGGAAAGACUUAUAACAGAGAAUACCAUGAGAUCAUGGCGGGAUAUAUGGGAGAAGGAGGGGAAAGGGACGCCACCACCGUUUCGAAUGGUAACUUUCCGAAAAGGCGCCCCAAAUUGCUUCAAGAACCCGUGAUGAUCGUCGAUUGAAGCAGGCGUAGAUAUCAUGGUCUCCUAUGUUCGUCAUUGCAGUCUCUCUUGCAAAAGCUGUAUGUCAAGGAUUUGAAAUGCGAAUGGGGGUCAAUAAAUCAGAAGACCAAGUACUGUGUCUUUGGCAAGGAAGGCUUGUGGGCGGGAUAGCGAUCGCUUAUUCCCUCUCACCGUGUAUCAUUCAAAAGGUAGUGUAAGUCCAUUUGAUCACAGAUUAUGACUAUAGAGAAUGGGAGAGAACAUGUUCA